AGGGAGAGAACGAGGAUUAGAGGACUCGAUCGUUUAAUAAAUAAAAAUCUCUCUCUCCUCCUCUCUUAUCUCUUUCUCUCUCUCUCUCUAUUAAAAAAAAAUACUAAUAAAUCUAGGGUUUCGUUUGUUGCUCUGGGAUAUCGACCUACAGAGGAAUCAAAUCUCUGCAAGAUCGAUUUUUGAUUGCGUUUCUCAUCUCAGAUCUCUUCGCCGAAGAAAACCCAUCAAUUUUUUUCGAUAAAAUUAGGUCUUUCGGUUUCUAGAUGUUUGCAAAUCCUUCUAGCUCUAUUGAUUUCAGUAGUCUUUCUUCGAAGAAUUUGAAUUGUUAAGGAUGGGGGAGAUAGACGGCGUGUCUAGGGUUUCAGAAAGCCCUAAUAUUGCGUCGGGUAAUGCUGUAUUUGAUGCGUCACAAUAUGAAUUUUUCGGUAAGGAUGUCCUAGAGGAGGUUGAAUUAGGGGGAUUAGAAGAUGAUGGUGAUGAUACCGGGUUGGUUGAGAAUGGCGAUAAGGAAUAUCCAUUUUUUGCAAUUAAAGAAGAAAAAGAAGAGGGUGAAGGUAUUGGGCUAUUAUCAGAAGUUGAUGAUCUUUCAAGAACUUUCUCAAAGUUAAACAGAACUGUCAGUGAGCCACAAGGCAUCAGGAAUGUUCAUGGUAGAGGAUCAUUUUCCAGAGAGGGUUCUCUGAAUGUAGAGGUGAAGCAGGAACCAGACUUCUCAAAUUGGGCUGAUCAACGCAUGCAAAAUGCUGAAAAUGACCAUGACAGCAAGAAAUGGUCAUCCCAGCCGUACCCUUUUCCACCUGAGUCAAAGCCAUUGUACAGAACUUCCUCAUACCCUCAACAGCCUCAUACCCUCAACAGCCACAUCCUCAUUUACAGCAAAACAUUGUCACUGAGCCUGUUCCCAUUCCCAGAUCAUCCUCUUUCACUUCCUACCCUCCACAGGCUGGACCUCCUAUUCCCUUUUCUUCUCCAAACCUAUCCCAUUUCUCUCCCCCACAUCAUUUUGCCUGGACUACCUCAUGGUCUCCACUUAAUGGGUGGAAAUAUGCCUCAAUUUGGCCCUCCAGCCCAUCACAUAAAUGCCCGUCAACCAAGUCCAAAUCACUGGCCAAGCCAAGAUGGGCUAAUUCAAGGAAUGCAUAACUCUAAUGGGUUAAUGCAUCCUAGAUUGCAUCAAGUUCAGCCUUCUCCACCUCAUUUCUCAAAUCUGCAGUCUCAGAUGUAUGGUCCUCACCCUCCGAUGCUCGGGAUGCCAGAAUUGAGAGAGCAGAGGCUCAGACCACCACUGCAAAUGCAAAGGGGAAGACAGAACCCAAGAUUGCCACACCAGGGUUAUGAUGAUUCUGGAUGGCCACGAUUUCGUUCAAAGUAUAUGUCAGCAGAGGAGAUCGAUAGUAUCGUAAGAAUCCAGCAUGCUGCAACUCACAGCAACGACCCUUAUGUUGAAGACUACUAUCAUCAAGCCUGUUUGGCAAAGAAAUCGUCCAACUCGAACUCAAGGACGCGGCACCAUUUUUGCCCUGCUUCCAUUAGGGACCAUCCCUCUCACACUAAGACCAAUUUAGAACCUCAUGCUUAUCUUAAAGUCGAUGCCCUUGGUCGUCUUCCCUUCUCUUCCAUUCGCCGACCUCGCCCUCUUCUUGAAGUUGAUCCUCCUUCCAAUUCUAGCGAUGAAAUUCUAAGCCAGAAAUCUGCUACCAGGCCUUUGGAUCAAGAGCCGAUGUUGGCAGCGAGGAUCACCAUUGAGGAUGGCAUCUGCCUUCUUCUUGACGUCGAUGAUAUUGACCGCUUAUUACAGUUUGGUCUGCUGCAAGAUGGUGGGAUCCAGUUGAGGCAGAGGAGGCAGGGACUCUUAGAGGGGUUAGCUGCAUCACUUCAGCUAGUUGAUCCUCUUGGUCCUGGUAUUGCACCAAAUGAUGAUCUUGUGUUUCUGCGCAUUGUUUCUCUUCCAAAAGGACGGAAGCUUCUCUCUCGUUUUUUUACACUUCUUUAUCCUGGAGAUGACUUGGCUCGAAUUGUUUCCAUGGCUGUAUUUCGCCACCUGAGGUUUUUAUUCGGUGAGAUGCCAUUGGAUACUACUGCAGUGAAAACAACUACAGAUCUCAUGCUUACAGUGGCUUCAAUUGUUCGUAGAAUGGAGUUGGGCUCACUUAGUGCUUGCCUUGCUGCGAUUGUUUGCUCAUCAGAGCAGCCACCCCUUCGUCCAAUUGGAAGUUCAGCUGGUGAUGGUGCAUCUGUUGUUGUCAAAUCUGUUCUUGAUAGAGCCACAGAACUUCUAACUGAUCAAAAUGCUGCACCCAACUAUAGCAUUAGGAAUCUAUGGCAGGAAUCAUUCAAUGCUUUUUUUGGAUUGCUCAUGAAGUACUGUAUAAGUAAAUAUGAAGGAAUAAUGGAGUCGUUGGUUUUGGGGGCACCAAAUGCUGCAGCAUCUACUAUUGGGCCAGAAGUUGCAAGGGCUAUAAGCCAGGAGAUGCCUAUGGAGUUAUUAAGGGCGAGUUUGCCUCAUACAGACGAGAACCAGAAAAAGCUUUUGCUCGAGUUUGCUCAGAGAUCAAUGCCAGUUACUGGACCGACUAGUUAAGGCUAAUCUCAAACGGAGAUCAUGAAUGCAGUAUGGGUGCUUUUGCUUAAUCCCACUGUCACGAUGCAAAGAACACAGGUCAAUUUAAUCGUCUAUGCAUAUUUUAUCCAUUUUUACAGGCUUAAAUUUUACAUUACCUGGCUUAUAUGGGUAAUUUUUAGUAUUGUAGUGGAGUUUCACCUAGAAGUUUCUCUUCUUGGGGAGCCUAAUUUUUAUUCGCUCUGAAAUUGGAACUCCAGGUAAAAUCUAGUAGGGGUAGGAUUUGUACAGGUUCAGUUACUGGAAACCUCCCUUUUUUUCUGCUGUUUUUAUCGAGGAUUGGGGAAUUGGGGGGUUUCUCUUGGUUUUUGAGGAGAGAGUUGGUUGCGUCGAACCUGCUGUUUUCAAACGAACUUAGCAUUUCUAUGGUUUGUUUCUUUCAUUGUUUUCUUGUUAUUUUGCCGAUUCAAAUGUAUGUUGGUGUCUGGAAAAACUGAUAAUGGUUGAAACGCUCAACACUAUAUGAUGUUACAUGUUUUUGUAUUCUCUGUUGUGACUUUGAGACUCUUUCUAAUUGUUUAGGAUCACUUUGAUCUACAAAUGUACUUAAAAGGUUUCUUCUGUGUUUGCGGAGUUCCUAUUUGUUUUUAAGA